AUGCAAUGCCACACCUGUCGCAAGAGAAGAGUGCGCUGCGACGGCGCUGUCCCCGCGUGCCAAAAGUGCUGCGACCGCCAGCUCGACUGUCUGGGCUACGGCAAGCAGAAGCCUCUCGUCUGGCUGGCGGGCGGCGGACACCAGAACGCCUUUCUCUGCGACCGCCAGAAGGCCAGGAAGAAGGGCAGGCCGCGUCUCGUAGUCGACGGUCCUAGUCCUUCUCAAGAUACCAAAGAUGAAGAUCAAGAUGUCAAAGAUGUCGCUGUCGUGGUGGCGCCAAAGGCCGUCCCAGAGUCGAUGAUGUUCUCCUACCCGGCGGAGAUCCAGAAGGUCGUCCGCACCAUCUGGUACUACGAGCAUGAGCUGGUGCCUGAUCUCGAUCCGAUCAACCACGUCGACGUCAAGGCCGCCGAGGAUCCAACGGCCUGGCAGGACGAGCUCGCCUCCAUCCUCUGGCACGUCCUCAUCUGCGCCGUCGACACCCACAAGGCCAUCCGCUCGCAGUCAGACGUCGACGCGGGAGUAGAGCUCCAGGUCGGCCGCGAGGUCUACCGCUCCAAGUCCCAGACCCUCAGGCGCAUCGGCAGGAACAUCGCGGACCCGGCAACUCGCAUCUCAGACGUCACUCUCGUCGGCGUCCUGACCCUCUUCAUGGCCGAGACGCAGCUGUCGGCGGUUGGGCCAUGGCAGACGCAUUUCGAGGGAGCAUGCCAUAUCAUCCGCAUGCGUGGAGGAGUCAGUGCCAUCGCCAGACACAGCGCCGGCUUGAACUCCCUGCUCACCUUCUUCAUGAUUGCCGACGUGAUGAGCUAUACCACUAUAUCCUCGUCUCUCCCCAUGCUCGACGCAAGGCGGCAGCUCGAGUACACUGAUGUCAUACAGGAGGUCUACCAGGACGGCUCGGGGACAUGCAUCCCUUGUCCCAACCAGCUCUUCGACGCCAUCAUCCGCAUCAACCACCUCAGAGCCCUGGCUGAGUCGUGCUCUAGUCCAGCCAUCAUAGAACUACAAGACCUGGACCGGGAAGACGGAUCUCCAUCAAGUUCUACCAGCUCAACUACCUCUCUCAAAGCAUCUGUUCAUGCAUUACUACAAGAUAUCUUAUCCUUCCCCAUUGCUUCAUGGGCAGAUAGCAUGCAUCAACAAACGGUCACUCGACAGCAAGCUGCAUACAGCAGGUCAGAUCCCAAAAAGGCCUUCCUGCGUCCAGACAGGGCAGACUGGGUGCGCAUAGCCAGUAUAUACCAUGCUGCCACCGCCAUCUACUGCGUCAGAAGCCUCGGCCAGCUCCUCGACCCAGACCAACUACUCCACGUCUCAUUCCCUUCAACUACUUCCACAGCUUCAUACGUGUCCAUGUCCGACAUCCUCCUCGUGGCCAGGAAGAUUCUGCGGGAGAAACUGCGAGAAGUCCUGCUUACGGUCUCCGAUCCCCGCAAGUCCUUUGUCAAAGUCAUGCUCUGGCCCAUGUUUGUGGCCGGCGUCGAGGCUGCGGUGGACUGCCAGCCGGAGACUGUGCAGUUUAGAUCACUGCUGGAAUCAGUCCUGCGGCGGCUGUGUCGCUCCCUCGGCACUUUGAGCAUCUGUGGCCUGCGCAGUUUCUUGCUUUCUCUCUGGGAACAUGCUCGACUUCACCCGCAUCUCUGGUCGUGGAGCGAGCUCAUGGCCCUCUCGCCUGGUCGAAGCGUCUUCUUCAUGUAG